AUGAUUGCAAGGGAAAACAUCACCAAGAUCACCCAGUUCAUCCUCCUGGGAUUCUCAGAUUUCCCCAGUAUCAUAACAUUGCUCUUUGUCAUAUUCCUGCUCAUCUACAUUACAACUCUGACCUGGAACCUGUCCCUCAUUAUUUUAAUAAGGAUGGAUUCCCACCUCCACACUCCCAUGUAUUUCUUCCUCUGUAACCUGUCCAUCAUAGACCUUUGCUAUGUUACCUGCACAGUCCCAAAAAUGCUCUCAAACUUUUUCCAGGAAAAACAAACUAUCAGUUUUAUGGGUUGUAUUAUUCAGAAUUUCAUCUUUUCCACCAUUGGGCUGAGUGAAUCUUGUCUCAUGACAGCCAUGGCCUAUGACAGGUAUGCUGCCAUUUGUAACCCACUGCUCUAUUCAUCGAUCAUGUCACCCACUCUUUGUGUUCUGAUGGUGCUGGCAUCCUAUACAUCUGGACUCACUGCUUCUUUACUUCAGUUGUUUGCUUUACUUCGUCUCCACUUCUGCGGGCCUAAUGUCAUCAGACACUUCUUCUGUGACAUGCCACAGCUGUUAGUUCUGUCAUGUACAGACACUUUCUUUCUACAAGUCCUGACUGCCAUAUUAACAAUGAUCUUUGGGUUUGCAAAGCUAGCCAUCAUGGUAUCCUAUGGCUAUAUCGUCUUGUCCAUCAUGAAGAUCACUUCAGCUAAAGGCAGGUUAAAGGCAUUCAAUACCUGUGCUUCUCACCUGACAGCUGUUUCCCUCUUCUACACCUCCAGUAUCUUUGUCUAUUUGAGUUCAAGUUCUGGUGGCUCCUCCAGCUUUGACAGAUUUGCAUCUGUCUUCUAUACUGUGGUAAUUCCCAUGUUGAACCCUUUGAUAUACAGUUUGAGGAACAAGGAAAUCAAAGAGUCCAUGAAGAGGUUGCAGAAAAAGACAAUCUGUAGCUAA